CUGUAAACAAACAUGGCGGUAGGCGAUGGCGGCGGCCGCGGGCGGCCCUGAGGCUCUGUGAGCGCCGGUGUCCGCCGGGGCCGCGGGCGGGCGGGCGGCUCCGCCUGCUCCUCGUGCAGGGGCUGCGGCGAGGCGGAUCGGGCCUGGCAGCACACAUGGAUGACAGCAAGGUGGUUGGAGGCAAGGUAAAGAAACCAGGCAAGCGAGGUCGUAAACCAGCCAAAAUAGACUUGAAGGCAAAACUUGAAAGAAGUCGUCAGAGUGCAAGAGAGUGCAGAGCCAGGAAGAAGCUGAGGUACCAGUACCUGGAAGAGCUGGUUUCAAGUAGAGAGCGGGCCAUCUGUGCUCUCAGAGAAGAGCUUGAAAUGUACAAGCAGUGGUGCAUGGCCAUGGACCAAGGGAAAAUCCCCUCAGAAAUAAAAGCCCUGCUAACUGGAGAGGAGCAAGGCAAAGCACAGCAGAACUCAACCAAACUUGCCAAGGCUGCGAAGACAGAAGCAAACAGCAACAAUCCCUGAGGCCGAUGCAGAACCUUCUGCGCUGCAGCAGAGGUGGCUCAGGAGCUCGCAGAAGGAAGAAUGCUGUUCUGAAGAGUGGAUGCAUCCCCAGGUGCAGGGGAAAGGAUCCCAGUGCUCUCUUCUCUUUGUUCCUCCCCAUAUGAAAUUCUUUGAUUAUGGUGUUCCUAAGGCUUCGUGGAGUGGGGCUUUUGGGGCAGCAGGUGUUUGUGUAAGUGGAGCGUUGUUCUUCCUUUCGCUACACUGCCCUCCCCAUACAGCUAUGGCAGCUUUGGGACAUUCCCAGCACAAGAGUGGGGCUGCUUUUAUAUCAGAGCCCAGAACUGGGCUGGCUUCGUGUUUGGUGGUUAUGUGGUUGUUAACUGUUGUGGGAGUCUGGGAGGUUCUGUAAAAGAAAAGCAAGAUAAGGAUCUUCGUAACAGCUUUGCUAAAGCCAAACCUGGUACUGGUGAGGAGAAGGAGCUGGAUCAAAAGCUUUCAGUAAGAAGAUUUAUAGCAAUGUCAUUUGUAACGUGAAUGAAGGUGUUGCUCUCAGCAUCCAUCUGUAAUGCAGCGUCUCUUGUGUGUGACUGGGAUUCUUAAAGAGAGGUACUAGAUACAUUUCCUGCUUCUGCCCAUACUUCUUCCACCGGGUGCAUUUUCCACCUGCCGUGCUCCCAGGAAGAGAGUCACGGCAUGUCCCUGCAUCCUACUUCCAGCAGGGGAACAGCAGCCAUUCCCUCUCACCCACUGGGUCCUGAAACCUUCCUGUAGCUACCUACAUUUUGGGCCCUAUUACCUCUCUGGACAGCAAAUUAAUGUGAAUUCUGCUGCGCUAUCCUGGUUGCCCAGCCAAAGACAAUGCCAGGAACUGGUAGCAAGGAAAGCAAGUUGCAUCAGUUUAGUUUUGUGAUCAGAGAGGUGAUGUCAAAACUCUUGUGGGCUGAUGUUAUCCCAGUUAUUGACAGAUAACCUGCCACUUUCCUCAGACUGUUCUUUCUCCUGGAUAUGCUUUUUGUAUUCAUCAGAUGCAGUGUGGAGAGUGGAGCUCAGGAUUUUCAGAGGGGGUUUGGCUUGCUUAUUCUGUUUUGUUUAUGACAAUGUCUUUCUCUGUAUUUUAUGAAAUGCAUGGAACAUUUUUUAAUCUUAUGUUUUCAGCAUUGUUUCAUAGAAUAAAUAUUAUAAUGAAUGAC